CCUAAAGACGAUCUAAGUAUUUUCAAAACUACCUUUUUGGGGCUCUUUGUUGGUUGUAAAAAGUUUGGUCUGUGCCACGAUGAAACAACUUAGCCAAGCCAAAAACUUUAAACGAAUGGGCACCGGAUUUCGAUCUGGCCUGGAAAGUUUCGACCUUACUCUCCGUGUUCGGGAUAAGGAAAUUCCGGUCCACAAGCUGAUAUUGGUCCGUGCUAGUCAAUACUUCAAAGUUCUCUUUAGUGGUUGCUUCGCGGAUUCUGGGAAGAAAGUCUUAGAAAUGAAUCAGUUUGAACCUGAAAUCGUGGAAAUGAUUGUGGAAUUCCUCUACUCUAGAACCUUAAACCUUUCUACGGAUACCGUAAUGGAUGUCUAUGAAGUGGCUGAUUUCCUACAAGUGACCAAGGUGUUGCUGUUUUGCAUUCAGUUCAUGAUAGAAUCCGUAGAUGCGAUCAACUGCAUCUCCUUCUGGAAGUUUGCAGAUUUCCAUUCUCUGCCUCCAUUACGGGCCCAUUUACAAACAUAUAUUUGCACAUCGUUGGAAGAUGUGAUGAAGACAACCGAAUUCCUAGAGUUGGAAUUUGAGGAUUUAAAGUCUCUGAUGACCGACGUCGAACUGAGUCGACUUGAAUGGCUGCAAUCCUAUAGGUCAACCUUCUCAGCGCUGAUGGGGUGGAUGAACCAUAAUGCAUCGCGGAAUGUACACCUAGAAAGCCUCGUAAAUUUAGCAAGGGAUCAGGAAAAGCUUUCUAGACCAAAGCCUGACGAGGAAAAUGUUCGCAAUGCAAUGGGUAGGCUUCAAUGCAGUAGAUAAGCUCUAAUUUAACCGUUCGGUCUGGGCACAAAGGCGGCCUGCUGAAGUUAGUAAGAACAGAGGAAAUUAGGGAACAAUUUUUGACAAUGCAGUUCUAACAUACAACUGACUGACUAUGUAAUAUUUUCCUGGCUAUUAAAUAGGUUCGACCUUUAGAAAAAAAUUACCGAGAGGAUCUGAUCUCAACAGAAAUUUUCAUGCUGGACAGCGGUAGCCGAUUUGAUAUGUAUCAAUAGAAACUAUAUUAUAUCAUCCCAAAAAGCUUUUAUUUCAAUAUCAUUAUCAUUGAUUAAUUUGGAAAUUAAUAAUAAAGUGCGUAUUUCAAUAUAAA